AUGAACAAGUUACACGUGCCCACGCUGGCCAUGAACAAGUUACACGUGCCCACGCUGGCCAUGAACAAGUUACACGUGCCCACGCUGGCCAUGAACAAGUUACACGUGCCCACGCUGGCCAUGAACAAGUUACACGUGCCCACGCUGGCCAUGAACAAGUUACACAUGCCCACGCUGGCCAUGAACAAGUUACACAUGCCCACGCUGGCCAUGAACAAGUUACACGUGCCCACGCUGGCCAUGAACAAGUUACACGUGCCCACGCUGGCCAUGAACAAGUUACACGUGCCCACGCUGGCCAUGAACAAGUUACACGUGCCCACGCUGGCCAUGAACAAGUUACACGUGCCCACACUGGCCAUGAACAAGUUACACGUGCCCACGCUGGCCAUGAACAAGUUACACAUGCCCACGCUGGCCAUGAACAGUUACACAUGCCCACGCUGGCCAUGA